AUGGAAGAGCGACACAGACUGGAGAGCCAACAGUCCAAGAAAACCGAGAUGCUUGCAACCCCCGAAAGCUGUCUACCCAUCAACAUCAACAUCAAUGGGAUGCAAAAUUUCCCUCAAUCAGAAGCGUUUGACUCAAUUGCAGCUCCCGAAAGGCCUCUACCACCAAAUACCCAAGGCCAAAGUGAUCUUAAGAUCGUCGGUCCAUGGGAUGCUAGUGUCAGGGAGUUUACUGCGUGGCAUGAGGCAAACGUUAGCGAUAAGAAUCUGAAAGAACAAUUCCGCCAAGCGUGUAAUGUGGCGUUAGCCAAUGGUCUAGAUCUCAAACUGAUCUAUCAAGACCAAGAUCCAUCAUUCUUCACUAACCAAGGAAUUAUGGUAGGUAUUGCAUGA